CAUUUUUAGGGGGUUAUGGGGGUUAAAUAAAUGCAUUUCACGUGUAUGUCGGAGGAGCAGAGGAGAUGAGGUGUAGCUGCUGAAGACACUCCAGGCAAAUUUGGGAAUUAAUGGAGAACUUCAGGUGGAACCCCCAGAUCGCAGAGCUCUUGAAUAGCAAGGUGAAAAAACAUCUGAGCGACCACCCUUUCAUCGCACUGGUUCUGCUUGUAUUUGGUGUAACAGCCUCAGUACCUGUUGGGCUUUUUCUGGCGUAUGCCGCGCUUAUGUUCAUCACUGUUACCGCAUAUUGCAUGUUUGUGGAAAUUUUCCUGCUGACAGUCGGAGGAGUAAUCUUGUGUUGUGUUCUCUUCUGUCUUGCCGUGGUGGCCGUCUGGACCUCCUGUGUGAUAUGCAUCCUGUAUGUUAUUGGGUCACAGUUUCUCAAUAGCUCUUUCAUUUCCAGAGUACACCAAAGUACAAUCCCUGCACAAGACAUGAUGACAGAAAAAGACCAAAGUGACUGAGUAUUAACACUAUCUAUGCAUUUAUAUUGCACAGCACCAUCCACAACCAUCUUCUACAGCCAGCGGCAAAUAUGUUUAAAAUCUGUUACAUUUUUUAUAAUAUAAACAGUGAUUUAUAACAAACAUUUUAUAUUUUUCUCCCUGAAACAUGCCAAUUUUUUUUCCUUACACAUGAGAUAUAAAAUUUAAUCAUAGGGCAAGUAUCAAGAACAAAAUUUCUUAAUUUUUUCAUUGUACACCAUCACUAUAGAUGUA